GGCCGGCAGCGCUCCCGGCCCCGCCUCGCCCGGCCGCCAUCUUGGCUGGUUGCCGCGGCCGCGCCGCACGGGCAGCUGCGGGGGUCGCCGUCCUGCGCCGCUCUGCCGUUAUUUCCCCCUUCCCUUCUCCUUUUCGCCCUUCUCCCCUCCCUCGCUUGGCCCCCGGCUGCGGGCAGGCGGCGCGUCCCGGCGGCGGAGGGGCCUGCGCUAGCAGGGAGAGAUGAGCAACAACAGCAACAAGAGAGCACCCACCACAGCAACCCAGAGGCUGAAACAAGACUACCUUCGAAUUAAGAAAGACCCAGUGCCUUACAUCUGUGCAGAGCCUCUCCCCUCUAAUAUCCUCGAAUGGCACUAUGUUGUACGGGGACCUGAAAUGACUCCUUAUGAAGGUGGCUAUUACCACGGGAAACUAAUAUUCCCCAGAGAAUUUCCUUUUAAACCUCCUAGUAUUUAUAUGAUUACACCCAAUGGAAGGUUUAAGUGUAACACAAGGUUGUGUCUUUCAAUCACUGACUUCCACCCGGACACAUGGAAUCCAGCGUGGUCAGUCUCAACAAUCUUGACAGGCCUGCUUAGUUUUAUGGUGGAGAAGGGCCCCACACUGGGCAGCAUAGAGACCUCAGAAUUCACAAAAAGGCAGCUCGCCGCACAGAGCUUAGCUUACAAUUUAAAAGACAAAGUCUUCUGCGAGCUCUUCCCUGAAGUGGUGGAGGAGAUUAAACAAAAGCAGAAAGCACAAGAAGAGCUCAACAACAGACCUCCAUCCCUCCCUUUACCAGAUGUUGUCCCUGAUGGAGAAGCACACUAUGGUCAGAAUGGAAUCCCCCUCCUCAAUGGGCACGUUCCCUUGGCACCUGCCAACCACCCUGGGCUCCAACAGGCCAACCGCAACCACGGACUCUUAGGCGGAGCUUUGGCGAACUUGUUCGUUAUAGUUGGUUUUGCAGCCUUUGCCUACACAGUCAAGUAUGUACUGAGAAGCAUAGCCCAAGAAUGAGGAGAAUAAAAGAAAUCCAAGACCAAAUUUAGUUGGUAGUUGCAGAAUUGAGUGGGACUCUUUGGGCAUCUGACUCUCUGACACUUGGAUGAGAUCUUUGUUUUGCCGACUGGUUGGCUCCUGGGUUAUGUGUGGGGAAUGGUGUAGUUUGGGUUAGGAAGCUUAAAAGCAGCUCAGCUCCCAGAUCUUCUCCUCUCUGCUCUCUAGCAGUGGCUCACAAACAAGUCAAAGCAUUAUUGAUGAGGUACCAACAUUUCUAGUGCUUUGAUUUUGUUGUUUUUGAUAGCAGUUCUCUCUCCAUCUGCUGUUUGAAACUGGAACAUCUUCAGCAAGCUCAGCUUUUGACUUCAUGGGACAGUCUUUAGUCACCAUUUCUGCAUAUCAUCUUUUCAGUAGGGGAGAGUCUCUGCAGGUGUUGAAAGGAUUCCAGUAGAGAUUCCUUGUGGACUUGGGUGACCAUUGAUGCUCCAGAAGUUGACUGGUUUCUUUUUCAUCUUUACCCUAGGCUGCACCUCAUUGCAUCUCUAGUCGGUAGUGAUUAGAUGUGUGAGGAAAAUAACAACAGUGUCUGUUCAGUGUGUUGUCUAAAUUGUCCCAGUGUCACUGAAGGGUUUAUUUUGGGCUACAAAAAGUGCAGUUGUUGGCCUUUAGGAGUUGAAGGAAAACCCCAAACCCUUUGGAAUCCUCCUUUGGUGGGGAUGCCCACAGCUGGUAUUGGGUUUGGCUUUGCUGACUCGCAGGUUGCCGGUUUGAGAGCUGUUGUGUCGAAAGCUGUAAUGCUGAGUUUUGCUCACAAGGUGCCACUGUGGAAAAAGACAACAACCCGACAAUAAAACUGCACAUACCCAUGGUGAGUUGAUUGUGUCUUCAGAAAAAGCUUCCCUGGAUUCCUUGGGCUUUGGUAAAUUGAGUAAACCCCUUCCCCAGCCCUUGUGAAGUCAAAAGGAGUCUGGGUAACAACUUCAGAGUCGACUGAAGCAUCACUACGUGAAGUAAACCCUUCAAAUGAGUUCCACUUCCACUUAAAGCUUUGCAGAAGCUCUUAAAACCAACAACCACAAGCCAAAAAACUACCCCCCAACCCUCCUAAUUCAUCUGCAGAAGCUUUUAGCUUCAAGUUUAUCACUCUUCCCCCUCCCCCAGACGAUGACUGCAAUGCUGAUCUUUGUUGAUAGGAUUACAGGGCUGUGGCUGAACACUCAAGUUCCAAAGGUAGUUCCAAAGUCUGCCUGCAAUUACUUGGAGCUGCUUGGUUUUUAUCACCCUUCCUCCUUCAUGUUGUCCAAAUGCUUUGUUUCAUCAAAGACAAACUGAACUGUGCCUUUCAUAAUUAGCAGUGAUGCCUUUAAUUGUCAGUUGUCUGCUCACUGUUAAGGGUAACAAAUUGAGGUGACAGCAGGGUAAACACCUGCAUCCCACUCCAUUGGGAAAGCCCUUUGGGCUUCUCUCCCUUGUCUGUUUGCAGACCCAAAUUUCUCUUUGGGCUUCUCUCCUUUGUUUGCAGACCCAAUUUUCUCUUUGGGCUUCUCCCCUAUGUCUGUUUGCAGACCCAAUUUUCUCUUUGGGCUUCUCUCCCUUGUCUGUUUGCAGACCCAAUUUUCUCUUUGGGCUUCUCUCCCUUGUCUGUUUGCAGACCCAAUUUUCUUUUCCCUUUUCAAACUUGUUUUCUCAACUUACCUUGGCUUGUAAACAAAGCUAUUGUUAAGCCAUGAGCCCUGCAGCUUAGAGCACCAAUGAAGGUGACCAAUCCUCUGCCACAGCUAUCAAAACUAGCAGGACAGCUCUAAAGAAACCUUUAAAGCACUUCUGAGGUAAGGAAGGACAGGGUGUAGGGAUUCAAUUUGGAACAGGCUGGGGUUUAAACUGUAUUUAUAACUCAUUUAUUUUUCUUCUUUGUGGUUUCACCAAAUCUUAUUUAUAUAUAUAUCAAUUUACCUCUUGUAGAUACUUCAGCAGCUCAGAAGCACCACUUGUAUCUAGCUGGAAAUGUUCUGUCAGGCUGGGAGAGUACUGGAAAGAAAGAGAGGAGAUGUCCUGUCCUCUCUGCAGUGUUUUCUAGGUUACUUGUCCAAAUAAUCUGGUUUUUGUUUUCCUCUUAAGCCUCUGGACCUGUAGCUGAGGCUUUUGUGCCUCGUAGCUAGAUGCUGGUAUGGUUCAAACACAUCUGUCUUCUCACAAUGCCUUUUUAUUACCACUGACAUCACCUCUAGGCACAAGCUUCUAAUCGGUGAUCGUAUGUUUUAGCUUCUUCUGGGAAGUUCUUUUGUGUCCACAUCAUAUGAAGACAAAAGGCAAAGGGGACUUUGACCGUGGUGUGUUUGCAUCUGUGAAAUGUACUUAACUGAGGGGGGGGGAAAGGCAGUAAACUCUGAAGGUGUUGAAUAAAGCAUUUUAUGAUGUGACCAGAAGUUGGCCUUAAGUUACUCCCAGGCAACCUGAAGGUGAAUCUUACGUUUUCAGUAAGUAGCACAAUUGGAAGCUGAAAAGAAAACAGAGCUUUGGUUAAAGCCUGGACAUGCUGCAUCGUUGUUGUCUGAGGAUUGGUUGUAUUUAAACCCCUAAACUUCCAGUUUGAGUUUCUCUUCAGUCCCCUGGAUUCAGAGGAAGACUUGGCAGUCAGUUUGGCUCCCAUCUGGUAGGAGCAGCAGCUGACUUGAGCCCUCACUCCUUGGGCUUCCAGCAUUUUGAUGCAUCUUGCUCCUUGGCCUUUGGCAACAGAAUUCUCCCUUUGGUAUCAGUUUUGCUGCUUUGUGUGUUUUAAAGGGCUGUGUAAAUCUGCACUAUCAGAGCUUUUCUUGUUACCAGACUCAUUUAGGUGAAGCAAACCCAUUCUUUAUGCAAACAAAAACAUGCUCCUGCCUUGAAGGACUGCCAUUAAUGAAUCCAACUAAAAGCUGGCCCUCAAGUCUCUGAUACUGGAGCAAAGAUCCACUUUGAAGCUGCAAUUCCAGAGAUUUCUGUGAGGUUAUAUCACAGGUGGUGUAGCUUGAGUCAGAAGAUCACUUGGUGAUAGCUUUCAAACUUCUCUUCAGGUUUUAAAUCCUGGAUCUGUCUGUAAUCAUUUCUCCUCCCUCCCCCUUCCUGUUUUGUUUUCAAGGUCAUGGAAGUUGCCUUCAGGCAUGCACUUGAGGAGCAGAAAUGACUGCCUUGUAAAGUUGUUUGUUCAUAAUAAACAUCCAUGAUGAAAUUUA